AUGUUCACUGAGCAUUUCAUUGGCGACAUGGAGCGCUGGACCCGAAAGCUGGCACGUAAGUAUCGAAUACCGAUCGCUUACACGGAGACGGCUGCGUGGCGGUUCACCCGCUUUGAUGUGCAGAAGCGUGGCUUCCUCAACUAUGCCGACUUUAAGUGCGUGGUUCGAGCACUGACCUACCGACAUUUCGGCCAGAAGGACGACGUGAUGCUGCAAGAAAGUAACCUCCGAGCGCUCUGGAAAAUCGUGGACAGAGAUGGCAGUGGCUGCGUAGAUUUCGAAGAGUUCCUGCAGUGGUUCUACAACCAUUUCCAGAAAGAGAAGCCGCCUGCGCGGAGCUUGCACUGCGACGGAAUGGUGGAUUCUGUGACAGAGCACUUUUAUGCUUCGAUGGGAGUUAAUCGACUCCGUUGCUACGUGACCUCCCAGGACCCGGGCAGAUGCCUCAGCUUGUAUGGCUAA